AUGAGGCGGUCCAGUUCCAACAGCGAUGAGGAAGAGGAGGACGUGAUCCGGCCAUUGCCGCUCCCAAGAAAGAGAAAGAAACGACAGAGAGGGAUGCAUGUCAUGUCACGACAUCAAAAGGAGCUACUCAUUCGACUCAUAUUCGCCUUUGUGACGCUCUAUGGGUUUUUGGCCACAGGAUUGCUGCUCCGACUUCCUACGGGUGAAUGGGAUGGGGAAGAUAUGGCACUGCUGUUGGAUGAGGAACAACAACAACAACAGCCACCACCCGACAAUCCACGCUUACGGACAAGACUCGUACAGCACCAGCCACAAGAAAGAGUCCCCGCUUCGACUAGCAGCAGCAGUAGGAGCAGUACUAGUAGGGACAAGGAUCCGCACGACGACAACCCACACCAACAGCCUCCAUUGCCAAAACAAGACGAAAAUCAAAACACGUUCCCAGUGACCAUUUCCAAAACGGAUACUGGCAAUGAUUUGGAAGAGAUUGACCAUCCAGUGUUGGCCUACGGAGGAAUCUUGCCUGAUGACUUGGCACAGACCAUGGUAGUCCCCAAGUUCUGGAACCCCUCACGUUAUGGAGGCAAUGUUCGAGAGUACUUGGGAAAUCAUGGAAAACAGUUGCCCUCCAAAGAGACUGCCUUGUCCAUUGGUUCCAAGAUUCCACUCCCAACCAAGGAUGGGGAACAGCAGCAGUUGGAUACCAUUUUUGUCUCCAUUGCCAGCUACCGAGAUCCAGAAUGCUUGCAUACUCUGGAAUCCAUCUACGCACGUGCGCAAUACCCUCAACGGAUACGUACCGUCGUAGUGGACCAACGACGUGACGAUGACACCUAUUCCUGUCUCCCCACGGACUGUGAUGACAACAGCACCAACAACCCAAAUGCGCUCUGCCAAUACCGCCAUUUGCUGGAACUCUACGACUUUGAUGCUCGCUUGGCGGUCGGUCCUACAUUUGCCCGACACGUGGCCUAUCGACAUUAUCGUGGCGAGUACUUUGCCAUGCAGAUUGAUUCUCAUGUCCGGUUCGUCCAAGAUUUUGAUACUGACAUUAUCCAACAAUUGAAAUCCGCCAACAAUGAAAUGGCGGUCCUGUCCACCUACCUGUUGGAUCUCAAUGGUGCCAUUGACCCCGUCACACACGCGAGCAAACGCAACAACUCACGAGCCCUCUUGUGCAAUGUCUAUUUUGAAAAUGGCGUCGUCCACAAUGGCCAACAAGCCGCCCGACCCUCCCAUAUUGUCGGGACACCCACGUUGCAUCCAUUUUGGGCGGCCGGUUUUAGUUUUGCCCGGGGACAUUUUCUGGUGACGGUUCCGUACGAUCCCUACUUGCCCAUGGUCUUUCAAGGCGAAGAAAUCUCCAUGGCGGUGCGAGGGUUUACGUACGGGUACGACUUUUACGCCCCCGAACGAUCCGUGUGUUUUCACAUGUACGCGUUGCACAAGAAUCGUGCCAAUCGAUUGGCGGUACCGCGGUUUACCGAGAAUCGGAAACUCUAUCGCCAUGUUACCGAAGAAGACGUUGCGGUCGCCGCCAUGACACGAUUGCGGGGAAUUAUUGGCAUGACGACGAACAGUAUCGUCGAGAGGGAUAAUCACAAUGCACUGGAACAAGAGAGUUACGGUGUGGGACAAGUGCGAAGCCCCGCGCAGUUUUACAAGACGUUUGGGAUUCACGUGGACUCUCAAACAAUGGAGAAUCACUUGUGUUGGUUUGCCGGUGAAAGUAUGCAAAACAAGUUUGUACCGUUUCUGAGAAAGGAUGGAAUGGGCAUUGAUUAUGACAAACUGAACUAUGAAUUCAAAGAUCCAGCACCGGAUCAACCCUAG